AUGGACUUCGAGUACGAGCGGUGUGCAGAUCUGCAUAAUCAAAUCAUCCGCAGAGGAUGGGAAGCGACCGGACAGGACUGGUCAGACUAUCCAUCCGCGACGUUUUGGGACGCCCAUCCGGAGAGACACGAUGCAUUAUCCCAGCUCGCUCAUCCUAAGGUCGUCCAGUUCUGGCAGAGAGCUCUUGAUAGUGGACAAGCAGAACAUGAUGCCCCGUAUCAAUAUUUCCUUUACCAUGUUUAUGGGCUGGCUUUCCCAGACGAGUUCAGAGAUAUGAUGGAGAUUAUGAAUGUGGACGCGGAAGCUGAGGAUAGAUUUAUUUUACUGUAUAAUGCUGCGAGCUUGGAGAGCCAUCCAGCCGGAAUAACGUCAGCUGGGUCUUGCUGAAUUGCAAUGGGUGUCGUGGCUGAUCACUUCGUAGAUUGGAUCAAGAGACUGGCCUUUGCAUCAUGCAAAUGUCUCUCUGGAGUUCAGAGUGGGAGGACCCGUUGCUCCCAUGGCAGCCUCUGGAGUGUAUACUGGAAGCCUAUAUUGACAUGAUCGACGCAGGUAAGGUCAUUGCUGCUAACUGGAGAGCACCGGGCUGUGAGCCUGAAGGAGGUCCCGAUGUUCAUGAUCCAUGGCUUGUGCAAAGCUGGUCACAGCACGAGUUGCAAAGGACUCUUGACGCCUACCAUCAUUUGAUCACCGCAGUUGAGCGAAGGAUGCCGGAUCUCGAACAAGAGCAGGAAGAUCAGGCUGACGACCAUCUGGCGAGAGAAGAAGACCUCAAUCAAGAAUUCUAUAAACCGGGAUCAUUCGUUCGAGCUUUCCUGCUCAAGGCCAGAAAUCCCAAGAAGAAGUUUCUCAAAUUCAUUGGCCCUAGGAUAGAACUUCCAUCCAGGCCGAAUUUUCGAAGUCAACCCUUCGAAUCAGCAAGAAGCCCCGAUCGUUACGCCGACCACCGUCCAGCUCCAGAUGCCGACGAGGACGAGAAGCCAUACAUACCAAUACUUCUCUUCCCCGCGACUUCACAGAACCUAAACCAUCAGCUUUCAUUCCUGUCUCUUGAUGCUGCCCGAGAGCAGACACAGUCAACACUGAAGGGUCGCAAUCCCUUUCCCUUCUUUCCGUUCGCGUCAGUAGACAACGCACCGGCAGGAAUCUAUCUCGACCCAUAUGAUCCAAAUUACUGGCGCGAUCAUCAGGGCACAUGCGUCCUCAGUCUUCCCUUUGAUCUCGGCGACGGGUACUCGAGGUUCAACGAUGGACCAGCGAUAUCUUCUCGGGCAGCCAAGGACUGGGAGCCUGCGAAUUCUCAACUCUAUCAGGCGUACUUCAACCCAUUUAUCACAAGGCAUCACAUACAGUUAUACCUGAUUCUGGAGAGCUGGGCACACAUGGUGGAAGCCGGACACUGGGAUGUGGACGAGCAUGGAGUGGUUGGCGGAGUUGAGAAAUUCCGAGAGGCGGAUGAGAGUGCGGAGAUGGCAGAGAGGUACUCAGUUCCAUUGCAUUGGUGA